AUGGAUCACACACGAGACCCAUGCCCCUGGGUGGCACUGAAUGAUUUUGGAGGUGCUUUCUGUAUGGGAGUACGUACAUCUAUCCUACACUUCCCGAGGUGGCAUCUAUGGAAGAAUGGGCGAGAAGUGCUUGUUGCGACAUUGAAGAUGCUCGCGCCGACCAUCGAAUAAGCUGGGCAGUCGCAAAAACAAUUACUAAUACAUAUUCUUCUUGGUAGGGAAUUGGCGGAGCAGUAUGGCACGGUGUGAAGGGAUUUCGAAACUCCCCUUACGGCGAGCGAAGAAUCGGAGCCUUAACAGCAAUCAAGGCUCGAGCACCAGUAUUAGGAGGCAAUUUUGGAGUAUGGGGAGGUUUAUUCUCGACGUUCGAUUGCGCCGUGAAGGGAUUAAGGAAGAAGGAAGAUCCAUAUAAUGCCAGUACGUCAGGACUCAAGGGGAAUAUAUGGAUGGUUUGGAUUGAAGGCUGAUUUACUACAGUUAUUGCUGGUUUCUUUACCGGAGGAGCAUUGGCAGUUCGAGGUGGUGUAAAGGCAGCAAGAAACUCUGCCAUUGGUUGUGCAUGUCUAUUGGCCGUUAUUGAAGGUGUUGGAAUUGGGUUCCAGCGAAUGAUGGCGGAUAGUACCAAAUUAGAGGUAAGUCCGAGAGCUUGUGUCUGCUCUUAUACCGUGAGCUAAUAAUCAUGCUUAGUUACCACCACCUCCACCCUCAGAAGCCGGCAGUACUGGAUUCCCAGCUGUUGCAUAA